CGGAAGAUAUUGGCGGUGACGAAGUAGCCACGUUGUUACAGAUCGAUUGUUCCAUACCAUAUGCGACCGAGCGUGUGUUUUCGUCGACCGCGAAGGUGAAGGUUACGGCAAGGGGAACUGCCGCUGUAGUGAAUAUGACUUUUACAGAAUAUAAAAAACAACAGUUCACCACUUCGCAUGAGGACACCACGUGGCUGGAUGCACAGGUCGGAUGCGAGGUAGAGGGUGGUACCACGGUAACGGAUGAGAAUUACUGGCAUGCUAAACAGAGCCCAUUGCUCACGUUUAUGUUGCGAAACAGAGUGAGAGAGAUCUGGGUGGGAAAACUUUUCACUUUAACUAAAAAAGAGUGCGUAAAGGUCAACAGCACUUUCUUCACAAGUAGCAAGGGAAUCAUGGUGAAGACGAUGCAAACAUGUGCUAUACAGUGCUCAGAAUACGACUUCUUCGCUUUCCAUCGUACAAAAUGCUACUGUUUGGAUGACAGUCCUGGGGUCCUUAGCUUGGAGAGAGAUUGUACAUACCCUUGUCCUGGCAGCCUUGGGGAACUGUGCGGAGGGCCAAACACCAUUACACUCUACAGUUUAGAUGCAGCCACUACCUGUCCGCUCCUAGGAUAUGAUUCCAAUGGUUAUUUGACAUCCACAAAUGCCAACUGCUCAACGACACAAAGAUACAUUUGUCAAAAAGAAUUAUGUGGGCAAACGUAUGUAGACUACUAUGGUUCCUUUAGUUUUACGAAGUCAGGUAAGAACGAAUGUAACUGGACAAUCAGUGUGGCGUCUCACGUGUCUGUGAACGUGAGUGUUGUCAUGGGCACUUCUCUCGAAAGCUGUCGCAAUCACAAUCUUAGUAUCUUUACUCCAACCGCUUUGAUCGCUGAUUCAAGGCAGUCGCUAUGUAAGAGUGGAAAUAUCAAAAUCUCCGGGCUGGGUCCAGUCUUCAUCCACUUAACGACAGAUGGCACAAAACCAACCACAGUGGACGUCCGAUGGUAUACAAAUACUACAAGCGACAGUACGCUAACAACUGAAAAGAGAGAUGUUUAUACAAGUAAGUCACUGAUACAUAUCGAUACGACGGCAGACGUCAGUAAGUCACCGAAACAUAUCGAUACGACGGCAGACGUUAGGAAAUCAACGAUAUUUAUCAAUUCGACGGAAGACGCGGGCGAGGAUGAGCAGGAUGAGCAAUCCGAUGAAAACAAGAUUGCUUUGUAUGUCCCGGUCACUAUUACUUCGUGCGUUAUUGUUGCCGCCGCCAUCUUUGUAACGAUUUGUCUAAGACAAAAACGUGCAAAGAAGAAUCCCAAAAGAAAGGUUAACGAAAACAUUUAUUCAUACACAACAACCGAAAUUCAAGCCCAAAACUCGACCCCUUCGGAUCCAAAAUGCGAACUGGGCGAAUAUAUUGAGGUUCACAAUCAGUCACCACGAUCUGCGGCUUACGUGAUCCCAAUGGACCAGGACGCCAGCAAUCAGGAGUACAACACUCUACACCAGCGGCUAGAGCCAACCUACUCACACCCUCAAGAAAACGUCUAUAACGAAACCAAGAAACCAUCCAGUGUUUACGGGCAGUACGACAUCUCGACCGUAUCUACUUUCACCAAGAAUAGCUCGAAUAAGUCGCAAGCAAUGACCGAUAAUGUUUACAAUACUUGUAUAUCGCGUGACGGGCCCUGUGGCGAUUACGACAGUCAGUAUGAUGUCUCGUCUGCAUCCGCUUUCAACAAGAGCUCCGGUAAAUCUAAAGGUCAAACGGACAAUGUUUACAAUACUUUCCAAACGCCGGACGACACAGAAUACUCUGAGACGACUUUUCACACCAAAGAGAAAGAAACGUUGCCGACAGACAAUGAAUACGGUGUGGUCAAAAGACAAACCUAGCGGUGCAAUGUUUGAGUGACAACACCAUGCAUUUAGCAGCUGUAUCUAUAUAAUUGAAACAGAUUAUAACAAACUUUAAUUCAAAGGAUUGCAUGUUUCGCACAUAGGUAAAUUUGAACUUGGUAUUAAAAGCUUUAAUGUAUAAAUUAAAUGAUCACCAUGA